GCCAGGCACACAUCUUUCUGCCGUCACUGCCCCUCUCCCCACAUUCCCCACUACUCAUCACUGCCUUCACAUCUUUGCUCGCUACCAAGACCUCCAAACCUUGAGCCGCGUACCAACAUAUCAUGAGCGCAUCCCCUAAUGAAAAGGGCGGCACGCCCCCGGGCGAGAUCAGCAAGACCCUCACGUACGACGAGAAGAGCAGCGACCACGAGGCGGCUCACUCGACUGAGCAUCUCGACCUAGCCAACAAUGUCACGGCCCGCAUCCGUAACCCUCUCGCCGGCAUCUCCAAGGAGCAGCUGCGCACCCAGGUUGACCAUUUUCUCGCCGACUCGGGCCUCAAGGAGCAUGCAUCCGCCUUCCACAAGGGAGCCCUCGUAGCUCAAGAACCCGCAAGCUUCGAGUCCAUGGCCGAACUCGACGAGGAGGACAAGGUAGCCUUGCGUCGCGAGGCCAAAAACAGGUGGGACCUUCCCAGGCGUCUCUACCUCACCAUUGCCAUCGCUUCCGUCGGCGCCAUGGUCCAAGGAUGGGAUCAGACCGGAUCCAACGCUGCUAACCUCUCCUUCCCUCAGGAGUUCGGCAUCGCCGCCGCCAAGGGCACAGCCAACUGGGAGCGAGACCAAUGGAUCGUGGGCUUCAUCAACUCGAUCCCUUACCUCUCUGCUGCCCUUCUGGGUGUCUGGCUCACCAAGCCCUGCAACGACCUCGUAGGGCGUCGCGGCUGUAUCUUCAUCUCUGGUAUCCUCCUCUUCGUCUCCCCGCUCGCAUCCGCUUUUACGCAUAACUGGCCUUCCCUCCUCGGAUGCCGUAUCAUCAUGGGCGUAGGCAUGGGAUUGAAAGGAUCAACUAGCCCAGUCUUUGCUACUGAGCACGCUCCCACGCGUGUGCGAGCCGGUCUCACCUCCCUCUGGCAGACAUGGGUCGCCUUCGGUCUUUUCAUCGGCUACUCAGCCAACGCCGUGGUAGCCCGUACGGGCGCGAUCGCCUGGCGCCUGCAACUCGGAAGUGCCUUCAUCCCCGCGAUCCCCUUGAUCCUCUUCAUCUACAUGUGCCCCGAAUCACCCCGCUGGCUCAUGGCUCGCGGUCGCUACGUCGAGGCCUAUUCUGCCUUCCGCAAGCAUAACCACACCGACGUUCAGGCCGCGCGCGAGCUCUACUACGCACAUUCGCUCAUGCAGGUCGAGAAUGAGCUCAAGGGCAGCAACUCAUGGAUCAACCGAUUCCAGGAGCUCUUCACCAUCCCGCGUGUCCGACGCGCUACGUUGGCUGCCUUUGUUACCAUGCUCAGCCAGCAGCUCUGUGGUAUCAACAUUAUCGCCUUUUACUCGGCGACCAUCUUCGUUCAAGCCGGCUUCACUGAGCUCCAAGCCCUCUACGUCUCCAUCGGCUUUGGUGCCCUCAGCUGGGUCUUCACCUUUGGCGCCAACUACGCUAUCGACCGCGUCGGUCGCCGUUGGCUCAACUUGGUCAUGUUCCCGCAGAUGUUCUGGUCUCUCUUGGCCGCAGCUCUCUGCUUCCUCAUCGACGAGUCCCACAAGACGGCUCGCGUAGGCAGCAUCGCCUUCUUCAUCUUCCUCUUUGCGGUCUUCUACGCCUUCUCCGCUGGACCCGUGCCAUUCGCCUACACUGCCGAAGUGUUCCCCAUCGCGCAGCGCGAGCAGGGCAUGUCCUUCGGUGUGGCUACCAACCUCUUCUUCGCCUCCAUUCUUGGGCUUACCCUCUUCCGCAUCCUCGGAGCCCUUGGAUCCAUUGGCACCUUUGGCCUCUAUGCAGGUUUCAACCUGGUGGCGUGGCUACUCUUGUUCCUCUUCGCGCCCGAAACCAAGAAUCGCACGCUGGAAGAGCUCGACCAGACAUUCUCGGUGCCCACCCGCGUCUUCAUGCGCUACCAAGUCACCAAGACGCUCCCCUACUGGUUCAAGCGCUACGUACUCUGGAACAAGUCGGCUACCAUCGAACCCCUCUACCAGGUCGAUGCUCACAUGGCCGAGUCCGUAGUUCGAGCUGCGCAGUAAGCUUGUGCCGAAGAGGACCGCAGACGCGCAAGUCGUUUUACACGAAGCUGGCGCCGGUCUCCGAUUCCACGAGGCCGGAUCGACUGGGCGGGCGUCUACCACCACUCACACGCAUGCGUCACCUCAUCUUCUAUCUACGACCCGAAUGUCCCUACUUUACGACCUUUCCCCCCUUUUUAGCCAUAUUGUAACCUGCUUACCCCUCCGCCUCGUCGUCGACGGCGUAUACCCGCCGCCUGGCUUCUCGCUUCCUCCUCUACUGUAGUCACCUUGUCGCGUCGCGUCCGAGCUCUAGCUUUCUAUCCUCACCCACAAAGGUCAUCUCGAAU